UUUGAAAAUUUCGCACGAAAACAUUACCCAAGUGUGCAGCAUCACUUUCAUCGCGAUAUGAUUUUUUACAACUAUUUGUACAAGUGUUUGUAAAACUCGUACUGAGGCCUAGAGAGAGAAAAAACAACAAUCCGGCAUCGUUGACAAUAAGCAUUCGUUUGGCGAGGACGAAGGAAAAAUGUCAAACAAAGUGACCUGUUUACUCGUUGUCUUUCAAACGCUUUGGUGCAUUUUGAAAUUUGCAAAAGCUGGUCCGACUGUUUUGCCAGAAUUAUCAUUCAAUGCAUACGAGGAUGCUAAAACGAUCUGGAGCGCUGUCGACGGAUGGGGCACGAGCGAGGAUAAAAUAAGUCGUGUACUCUGUCGAAGGACAUACGAACAGAGAAUGAAGAUAGCUACUUCUUUCGAAAUAGAACACGGAAAUUUGAAAAAGAAAUUAGAAGACGAGACAUCUCGAGAUUUGAAGAAAUUAUACAGCAGGCUUCUGGAAUCACCGGCAGCCAUCUUAUCAAACGAUAUGUUCGAAACUAUCGAAGGAAAACGCAAAGAUUACGGAGCAGUGACUGAAAUUCUGUGCGCAACUAGUAACGAAGAAAAAUUCAACGUAGCUGUACACUACACCACGUUUUUCAACAUGACAGUAAUGGACCACGUGAAGAAUUACAAAAAAGACAACUACGAUUACCAGAUAGCAUUGAGUGAAUAUUGCUGGAGAAGUUACUGCGAAAUACCUCGACUCGACUAUCCACAAGCGAUAGGUGAAGCAAUCAGGUUAUUCUACACAAAUCCAAAAACCGACUGCGAGAAAUUCAAGAAACAACUACAAGCUUUAUUUCACACGUUUUGCAUACCAGAUAUACGCCUCAUAUUAAAAUGUUACAGAUCAUUUUACGAAGGAGGUAUAGAAGAAGCCAUCAAGGAAUCUAUGCAAGGCGAAGAAGCUGAAGCUUACACGGCUUUAACUCUGAGUAUUGAAGACCGAUACAAAUAUUUCGCCGGUUUACUGAAAGCAGCUAUGGACGGAGUUGGUACAGAUGAAGAUCGUAUCAAUAGAAUUAUCCUGAAUACUUGCGAAACAUAUUUGGGAGAUAUUCUCGAAGAAUACAAAUGCAUGUUCGAGAAAGGUUUCAUAAAACGACUAAAAGGAUUUAAGGGAGAAUUCGGGACACAGCCACAUUAUGUCACAGCACUAAAGCUACUUUGUAACGAUAAAGACGACUAGUAGUUAAAUACAAUUGGAUUAUUUCUAUUUUUAAAAUAUUUUCAAAAUACGACAUCGUUUUAGAAACUGAAAUACACCGUAGCCUACCACA